AUGUGGUUGCUUCCGCCGCCCUGUGGCUCGAUGCCCGAGUCCACGUUGCGUCUGCGGCCCGUACAGGGAGGCCUAGAUCGCAGCAUGCGCGCCUAUCGCGCUUUCAGCCAGGCGCCCUGGCUUGACAAGAUCCUCGACCUACAGGAUCUCCUUCUGCAGACCUUCUCUCCUGCAGAACCAUCAGGCAAGAUUUUGCCGGAAGUUGCUGUUAACAGGCAGCAGCAGAUUGAAUCUGAGCAGGCCAUCGCCAGGUUCUCUCAGACGUGCCACGCAACGCGGGUCGCGCCGAGCAGGACUGAGCUGGAGGAGGUUUGGACAGUAUAUUCGCGACGACCGGGGGAUGAGGAGGACCUGGCCCGUCACUGCGACAUCACGGUUCAAACACAGCUUAAGCUUCCUGCCUGCGACUGUUUGAAAGAUCUGCCGUCCAGCAUGCUGCGAUUCCUGUCGGUCUUUGCAGUCCUUGUGGUGGCCUCUGGGCAGACAGCCCAGGACGACAAGGUGUUGGCCGACGCCGCAGAGACCGUGGAGAAAUACUGCUCGGUCAUCGAAUCGCUGCCAGAGCUGGACACCGAUGCGGCACGGGAAGAUUUGGAAGGCGGCGCAGGUGCAGACAAUUUCAUCGUGACGCUCAUUGAAGAAGCGGGUAUCGCCCGCCAAAACGGUGACAACGUAGCCCAGAUCGCCGACCGCUUUCAAGAGAUCGCAGACCCGGGCUUUGUGGCCGGAAAGGCCUUUGCCGUCGUUUUGUCGAUUUUGCUCUUUGUGCUGUGGGUCCUGUGCUGCUGGUUCGUUUGCUGCCCAUGUUGCUGCAAGAUGUGUUGCCGAUGCUGCCAACGCAAGUGGGCGACCGGAAAGGUCUUCAAAGGAGUUCUCUGGCUUCUCUUCAUCGCAUUUGGGGUUGCUGCAGUCAUCAUGGUCUCGACGUCCAUGUCUGGUGCCACCAACAUCGAUAAUGGCAUCUCUGGCACAGCCUGCUCGGCCGCCGUCUUGAUCCAGGAUGCGGUGGCAGGCUCCCCUGAGCAUGACUUUACUGGGCUUUUGCCGGCGCACAACACACUGUCCGGAUUGGCGACGAUUUUGAAUCCAGGCUCGUCUUUCCUGACACAGCUGAACACAAUUAUCGAUCAAACGCAGGACAUUCAGAAGGCGGUCGACCUUGCAGCUGGCACGAUGGAAGCCCUCCAGAUGAUGAUGGAGAACCCGGUGAAUGUCAACCCCGUGGUCGACCCCAACAACCCAUCGUCUUCCACGAUGUACCACAAGUGCCAAGUGUGCGAGCCCCUGGCUGAGAUCCUGGGCAGGAUCAACGAUGUCUUCGCGAGCAGUACAGGUGAGGCCAUGGCCCAGCUGCGAGGAAAGAUCGAAGAGAACCUGCAAGGAUCGGCUGCCGAAGACCUCCGCGUCUCCAUCACGCAAGCCAUGGAGCCCAUCAAGGCAGCCAAGGACGCCUUCGUCGAGCAGGUUGGCUUCUUCGUAGAACCCGGCAGUGGCGGCUUUCAACAAUCUACCGAGAUGGUUGCUGGUGAGAACUCCAUGUUGCAGCCAGCAGUUUUGGCCUUCUUUGCCUUCUACUUGCUCAUCGCUCUCAGUGCUCUGAUUGCUCUUUCCCUUUGGUCAGCAAAGGACAACCAGGGAGAGAAGCCAGACAUUUGCUGCGUCCGGUUCUGCAGUGGAUGCGUGUCGUGCAGUGCUUGUAUCUAUGCCAUGAUCGUUUUGUUGAUUGCUGGGAUCAUGGUCAUCGUGGCUAUGUUCGGCAGUGGCCUCUGUCUCGUCAUGAUCGACUUCGACCAGGAGUCGGGCGCUAACCUAAUGGCUGCCGUGGGUGCUGAUGUCCCACCGGAGGUUGAGAUGGCACUGAAGAUUGCGGACAGGUGCUUCAGCCUCAAGCAUCCGGAGCAGGACCCUGGCUUUAGCCGAAAUUUGGCUGACAUCGUCGACAUCCCUCCCAUGAACCAGACAAGGGCCGAUCUGGGUGAGAGCUCCACAAUCCACGAAGAGAUUUUCACAUUCGCCCUUGAUCCCAUCAUGCAGCAGAUCGACAACGCACAGGCCUCCUUGGGCGGCGAUGGGUCGGCACCGUCGCUUGCCAAUGAUGCCGCGACCCAGGAGUUGCUGAGCAUGAUCGGAGCCCUGGACAUGUCGGCUCUCUACCUUCCCGUGGAGUCGGAGAUUGCUGCGGCAUCCUCGCCCUACAAAGCCAUGAUGGAGGAUGUUCAGGGCUCUACGAGUCCCUUCAAGGCGUACCUUGUGAAUAGCGUGUCUUGCCCGAAUGUGUCCUUGAGCGAUGCUCUCGGGGACCUUGGUGGCCAGUCCGUGCCGGGCAUUGAAGCCAUGGCGACCGAUGGAUUCACCGUGCAGGGCAACGCCGUGCCAGGGCUGUCCUACUACAUGGACACACCCAUGGCGGGUUCAUGCCCGUCCUUAACCGGCGGCACUUGCAACAAUAAUCUGACGAUGCAGUUCUUCGAGCCGGGAUGCACAGCAGCAGCCAGCUUCCUCAAGGAUAUCAAGCAGAAAUUCCAGACUGAAGAGCUGUUCAUGUGCACGUACAUCGUUAACGGGCCCAAUGACCCCACACCGUGCUACCCACGCAACAUGGUCCAAAGUGGCGGCUCCUGGACCGGAACCUGCCUGAACGGUGGCACCGUAUAUCGGCGAACUCGGAAGUGCACGCUCGCCGAGUUCAACGACUUCGUCAAGGGUGCCGAGCAGGACAUCCAGAAAUCCUUCGAGUAUUUCGAUGCCAUCACCAGCAGUUUGCUUGAUGCUAUCAUCAACGACAUGAAGACUCUCGUGCAGACAGACAUUAUCACCCCGGUGGUGGACCUUCUCGACAUGCUGAAUUGCGGCUUCAUGCGCAAUUUCUGGCAGGGACUGACUGAUAACAUGUGCUACCGAGGUAUGAACGGCUUCCGGCUGAUCGCGAACAGUUACGUCAUUUCCGGCUUGCUGAGCUUGUGCAUCGCCUUGCUCAUCAUCAUUCCAUGGAAGAUUUCGAGGGACAAUGCAGACAGGGCCCUGCUUGCUGACCAGCCGGCGGAAGUUGUGCAGAGGACAGUGUGA